UUGGCUGACCGAGAAAGGCUUCUAAAAACACUCACCGAUCUUAUCCGCAUCGACAGCCCCACUGGUGAAGAGGACGAGAUAGACCGCGAGAUCACCAAACGGCUGGAGUCGUUGGGUUUCCACGUCCACCAUGACGGCUUCAAGAACAUAAUCGCCACGCUGCCGGGCCAAGGAGAACCGCUCCUGCUGUCGGCCCACAUGGACACCGUGGAACCUGGCCGGGGCAUCAAGCCGGUGCUGGACGGCGACGUACUCAGGUCCGACGGGACAACCAUCCUGGGCGGCGACUGCAAGGCCGGCCUGUCUAUCGUACUCGAGGCAUUGACGUCGGUGAUCGAGUCGGGCUCCGGCCACCGCCCUAUCGAGGUAGCUUUCACCAGGGCUGAGGAAGGCGGCUUGGUGGGGGUGCACCACUUGGACUUCCAGCGGUUGACCGCCAAGACAGGAGUGGUAUUUGACGGAGAGGGAUCGGUGAACCGCAUCUCCGUGGCCGGCCCGUCCCAAAACGUGAUCACCGCCCACAUCCGGGGCAGGGCAGCCCACGCCGGAGUAGAACCGGAAAAGGGCCUCUCCGCCGUCAUCAUCGCCGCCGAAAUAUUGACUCAAUUGCCGCUGGGCCGGAUCGACAGCGAGACCACCGCCAACAUUGGACGCGUCGAAGGCGGACUGAAACGCAACAUCAUCCCGGAAGAGGCUUUCCUCGACGGCGAAGUGCGCAGCCGGGACAACAACAAGCUGGACCAUUACUCGUCGGAGUUCAGGCGCGUUUUUGACGAAGUCGGAAUCAGACAUCCCGACGCGGCGAUCAGCUUGGACAUCCGCAACACUUACCGGUCCUACAACGUCGAAGCGUCUCACCCCGCCGUAGCCGUUCUGUGCCGGGCACUGGCCAACAUCGGAAUGGAACCCCGGCUGGAAGCCACCGGAGGCGGGUCCGACGCCAACGUCUUUUAUGAGAACGGGAUUGUGGCCCUCCCGGUGGGCAUAGGCGUCCAAUCGUUCCACACCACCCGCGAGAUCGCCGUCAUACCCGAAGUCGUUCAGGGCGCCGAGAUGUGCGAGGGUGUUAUUCGAGGAGUGUAG